CUCAUCGAAGAAUUAGGGCCUUUCAGACGGCUGUCUGUGGUGCUAGCCAUGGCUCGAUCAGAGAAGCUGUGGAUGUGGGCAGCACGGUCGGCGAAAAUCAGCCUUGAGGACCAUAUGAAAACCGCCGCUUUCGUGGAUGCUGUGGGUCGCUCUGCCUCGGUCUUGAAGGCCUUGUCACCGAUGCUGGUCACCUUUGCCCGGCUGAGCGCUUGGCUUCGCGGCAUGGAUUUGCCGCCCGGAGAUGGGCCGCAGAUCGUGCGGAAUUGGAACACCUCAGAGGAGUUCCUUGAAGGAGCAGAGCAGGUGUACCGACAUGCACUGGUCACCGCCUUUACAGCGUCGGAGUUAGAGGUGACUGCCACGAACCAAUUCAGGCAGUGGGUGAAGGAGCAGGGUGCUCUACGCCAGCAAGAUUUUCCUGACUCAAAAUUUGAGUUUGCAGAGCUGCUGGUGAGGUUCGAGAACUUGACAGGACCCAGGAGCUUAGAAGCCUUGCAGAAGUUCGCGGAGAGCCCAAGAUUCCAAAGUUCGGAUCGUGAGCAGCUGAAGGGCGAACUUCAGCAGGACCUUGAACAGAGUUCUAAGCUGAACCUGCAAGUUCUGGCUCUAGCGGAAGUGAGACAUCCUCCCCAUGAGAAGAUGGAGAGGCGGCUUGAUCGAGUACUCCUCCAAUCCAGCUUUAACUUGGCUGAAGGGAUCUCCUCGGACUUUGAGAUUGCUGAGCUGGAGAACUUGACCCGUUACAUCGCCGAGCACUUCGAGGAGUAGGUGGAAAGACCAGCUCUCUUUUUUCGUUUUCGGACGGAAGACACGACGUGGUUAAGUUUAGUGAUGUGUAGUGACACCAGAUUGACUUGGAUGGGAUUUGAACACGCAACAGAUGGAGACACUGCAUGCAUCUGCAUGCUUACCCGGUUGCAAAAGUCUUGAGAAUCUGCUGGCUCUGUGGAUUGAUGCGCUCAGCGAUCAGGUGUCGUUUUCGCAUGGAUUCUUGAAAAGAGCGAUGCCUGGAGUGAGAAAAGGAGCACUGCAGUCAUCGGUAACGAGAAACCUGUAGCAUG